UCCGCCCCUCGCGCUUGCCGCCGGCGUGAGGCUACGUUGAUUUGAAUUUGGAGCCUCGUUCCUCUGCGCGGAACGUGGAGCGGGGAGUUGCUAUUCGAAUUUCCUAAGCGGCCUCCGUGCGAUUGGCUGGUUCGCGGACGGCGGGGCGAUGCUAUUGGUCAGUCGUUCACAAGUCCCGUGCCCUGGUUGGCCGAAGACACAGCGGAAGCGGGGAGUUAAAGAGUCUGCUUGUCGUGGAAGCUGGCUCGGUCCACGGGAGCUCGCUGGAGAAGGUAUUGGGGGCUUCCUUUUGUAUGCACCGUUUCCUCUUUGUGCUAUGGGAGAUGUCAAGGAAUCAAAAAUGCAAAUAACACCAGAAACUCCAGGAAGGAUCCCUGUUUUAAAUCCUUUUGAAAGUCCUAGUGAUUAUUCUAAUCUCCAUGAACAAACUCUCGCCAGUCCUUCUGUUUUUAAAUCAACAAAAAUACCAACUCCAGGGAAAUUUAGAUGGUCUAUUGAUCAACUAGCUGUAAUAAAUCCUGUAGAAAUAGACCCAGAAGAUAUUCAUCGUCAAGCUUUAUACUUAAGUCAUUCUCGAAUAGAUAAAGAUGUGGAAGACAAAAGACAAAAAGCCAUUGAAGAGUUUUUCACUAAAGAUGUCAUCGUACCUUCUCCUUGGACUGAUCAUGAAGGGAAACAGCUUUCACAAUAUCAUUCCAGUAAAUGCACUAACAUAAAUAGUGACUCUCCAACUGGAAAAAAGCUGACCAUUCAUUCUGAGAAAAGCAAUGCUGCUUGUCAGACAUUGCUGUCUCUUCCUGUGGAUUUUAAUUUAGAAAAUAUAUUAGGUGACUAUUUUAAAGCUGAUGAAUUUGCAGAUCAAUCUCCUGGAAACCUCAGUUCUUCAUCCCUCAGAAGAAAGCUGUUUUUGGAUGGGAACGGAAGCAUCUCCGACUCAUUACCUUCAGCUUCUCCCAGAAGUCCUCAUAGUGGCGCUCAAACAUCACUUGAGAUAUUUUAUUCAAUAGAUUUGUCUCCUGUAAAGUGUAGGAGCCCCUUGCAGACACCAAGUUCGGGGCAGUUUUCUUCUAGCCCUAUUCAGGCUAGUGCAAAAAGAUACAGCUUGGGAAGCGUAACUAGUCCUUCACCUAUUUCUUCACCCACUUUCUCACCAAUUGCAUUUCAGAUAGGAAAGCCCUCACUCUCAGAACAAAGGAAGUUUACUGUUCAUUCUCCUGAUGCUUCAUCUGGAACAAAUUCUGAUGGGAUUACUAACCCGUGUAUCAGAAGUCCUUAUAUAGAUGGCUGCUCACCAAUUAAAAAUUGGUCUCCUAUGAGCCUCGAGAUGUAUAGAGGUGGUACUCAGUAUUGCACCUCACUGAUUCAGAUACCUUUUACUCUUGAGACACAUGGUGAAGAAGAGGAAGACAAAGAGAAUAUUCCUUCUGCAGAUGUCUCAUCACCAGCCAUAGAUGCUGCUGGAAAACACCUACGACAGUUGAGUAGUGAGGCUUCUACACACAGCACGCAUUUGGUUGUGACUGCCAUGUCUAUUACACAAAAUCAGUCCAGUGCUUCUGAGAAAGAAUUAGCACUGUUGCAGGAUGUUGAAAUCGAGAAGGACAAUAACACUGUGGAUAUGGUUGAUCCUAUAGAGACAGCAGAUGAGAACACUUGGAUUAAGGAGCCAGUUGAUAAUGGCAGUUCACCCAUGACUGAUUUUGUGAGUGGCAUUGCCUUCAGUAUUGAAAACUCUCAUAUGUGCAUGUCACCUCUUGCUGAAAGCAGUGUCAUUCCUUGUGAAAGCAGUAACAUUCAGAUGGAUAGUGGCUAUAAUACACAGAAUUGUGGAAGCAAUAUUACAGAUACAGUUGGAGCAGAAAGUUACUGCAAAGAAAGUGAUGCACAAAUUGGUGAAGUUGAGAGUACAUCUCAAACGUUUAAUAUGAAGUAAGAAGAAACAGGUGGGCCGGGCGCGGUGGCUCACGCCUGUAAUCCCAGAACUUUGGGAGGCCAAGGCGGGUGGAUCACAAGGUCAAGAGAUCAAGACCAUCCUGGUCAACAUGGUGAAACCCCGUCUCUACUAAAAACACAGAAAAUCAGCUGGGCAUGGUGGCGCAUGCCUGUAAUCCCAGCUACUCAGGAGGCUGAGGCAGGAGAAUUGCCUGAACCCAGGAGGCGGAGGUUGUGGUGAGCCGAGAUCGCGCCAUUGCACUCCAGCCUGGGUAAGAGAAGUAAAACUCUGUCUCAAAAAAAAAAAAAAGAAGAAACAGGUGAUGUUUUACUUUGGCAAAGCUAGUAUCAACUUUCUUCUCAAUGAAAGCUCCUACUACUCGGCUCAUUGUUAGCACUAACAUUAGACAUACUUACACAGAAGUUCUCCUAUAAGGGAUUUUUAGAUAUUACAAUAGCAGUAUAGCACAUAUUGGUUCUAAGUAAAAAAUGUGAGUAUAUUCCCAUUUUUAACCCUUGGUCAUCUAUUAGAAAAGAGUAUAUGCAUGUUUAAUUCCAGAAUUAAUAUAAAUAAGAAGCAUAGAAAGCGGCCUAAACUGAUUUAACAAAAAAUAUUAUUGCUUCCUACAUCAUCUUAACUACAACAAUAAACAAAAAUAGCUAAUAUCUGUAUAUUCCUCACAGCACCCUAUGAGGUAGGUGCCAUUAUCAAUCAUAGGCAAUUUAUAGAAAAAUAAAUUGAGGCAAGGAGAGGUCAAAUACCUACUUUAAAUAGUUGGAAAUGUAACAGUAAUGACAGCAGAGGGAUCCAAACCUAGGGAGUCUGAUUUCAUAGCUCAUAAUCUUCACCAUAAUUCUAUUCUACUAUCCAUUGUUCUAUCCUACCAUCCAUUAUUCUAUCCUGCCCCCAUCUUUCUGGAACCACGGACUGGUUUCAUGGAAGACAAUUUUUCUAUGUGACGAGGGGAAGGAGGGAUGAUUUCAUCAGGCAUUGGAUUCUCAUAAGAAGCACACAACCUAGAUCCUGCAUAUGCACAGUUCACAGUAGGGCUGGUGCUCCAAUGAGAAUCUAAUAGUGCCACUGAUGUGACAGAAGGCAAAGCUCAGGUGGUAAUGCUCACGGCCCAGGGGCUGGGAAGCCCUGCACUACAGUAUAUGCUAUAUUAAAUUCUUCAGAAAUUAAUCACAGUCAUCUUUUUUUCUUUUACUUAUUAUAAUGACUAUUAGUAAGUUCUAAUACAUUAUACAUCGAAGCAAACAAAUUUAAAUGGAAAGUUCUUCUAUUAUGCUACUAAAUCCAGUUUUAUAUAAGAAAAGCUUAAAUUUACUUUUCUUUCAUAAGCCAAAAAAGUAAAAAUCAUAACCCUAAUCAUUAUGUUGUAUAUAAAUAUUUUUGUUAUUUGUACUUACAGUCGACAUUACAUUUAUAACAAAAAAAUCUUAUCUACUGCCCAUCAAAAAAAUUACAAACCUAAGUUCCUUGGUCUGCAGAUCUAUAGGAUCAUGAGUUUCAC